CGCCCAGAGCGGGUGGAAGAUGGCGGAGGGUGGACGAGCGGAGCCGGAGGAACAGAAGCGGGGGUCCUCGAGGCCACGGCCCCCGAGUGCGCGGGAUUUACAGUUGGCCUUGGCAGAACUAUGUGAAGAUGAAAUGAAAUGCAAGUCUUCCAAGCCUGACAGAUCUACAGCUACAGCCUUUAAGAGCCCACGAACACCGCCACAUCGGCUUCACUCAGGUGAUCAGGAAUAUGGUGGAUUACAUAUAGUCCAACCUCCAACUGGGAAAAUUGUGAAUGAACUUUUCAAAGAGGCAAGGGAACAUGGGGCUGUCCCUCUAAACGAAGCCACAAGAUCUUCAAGCGAAGACAAAACUAAGUCAUUUACAGGUGGAGGAUACAGAUUGGGCAAUUCCUUCUACAAGCGAUCAGAGUAUAUCUAUGGAGAAAAUCAGCUGCAAGAUGUUCAGGUUUUACUUAAGCUGUGGAGAAACGGCUUCAGUUUAGAUGACGGAGAAUUGAGACCUUACAAUGAUCCAACAAAUGCUCAGUUUUUGGAGUCUGUUAAGAGAGGAGAGAUUCCCCUGGAGCUCCAGCGACUGGUCCAUGGCAGCCAAGUGAACCUGGAUAUGGAGGACCAUCAAGACCAAGAGUACAUAAAACCCAGAUUGCGAUUCAAGGCCUUUAGUGGAGAAGGGCAAAAACUUGGAAGCCUUACACCUGAAAUCGUCAGUACUCCCUCCUCCCCAGAAGAAGAGGACAAAUCAAUACUGAAUGCUGCUGUUCUUAUUGAUGAUUCAAUACCCACCACAAAAAUUCAGAUCAGGUUGGCAGAUGGAAGUCGUCUCAUACAGAGAUUUAACAGCACUCACCGGAUUCUGGAUGUACGAGACUUUAUAGUACAGUCACGUCCUGAGUUUGCAACUACUGACUUUAUUCUUGUGACUUCGUUUCCAAGUAAAGAGCUAACAGAUGAAAGCGUGACACUACAAGAAGCAGAUAUUCUUAACACUGUGAUACUCCAGCAGCUAAAAUAAAAUUGAUCCAACCUGUGUAGUGGCAUAUAGGAGUAGGUAAUGUUGUCCAUAUUAGAAAAAUACUUCUAGCAUAAAACAACCAAAUUAUUUUUUUUAUUCAGAUAAAUUCUUGUCUUGCUGCUGUUCUGUCUUUCAGUCUUUGUCUAGAUAAAUUUAGACAAAGAGUAGAUCUUGAUGUUUGAAUUUUUUGUUGUAAGGCUGGCUUAUAUUGAUAGCUUGUAAAUGUUUAGACCGAUCAACUUCUUACAUGCUCAAUGCUAAUGUAAUAACAUUUCCAGAUGAAAUGAAAAGAACCCCUUUUUGGUAAAUGCAUUUGAUAAAAUUUGCACUCAAGUUUCUUAAUGUAGCAGUGACCAGUAGCCAGAAAGGAUCCUUUCUCUGUAACAUAUCCAUAGCGUCUCCUCUGAGUCUGAGGUCGUUUGUUCAUACAAUUAAGAUUUUGCAUAUUCUUUUUACAUAUUGUUUAAACUAUUUUAGUACCACAAAAUACAGUUUAGCCUUGUGUUUUAUAGAAUUACAACUGUCAUAAACUAAAUUUGAAUAGAUAGAAAAGUCAUCAGCUCUUGACAAGAUGUGAUAGACAGCACUUUAAACUCAAAAAAUUAUAGUCCCUUCCAGAGCCUGUCUGGAUCACAGUCAUACAUUCAAUCAGCAUUUUUAUAGGGACUCUAUUACACAUAGAAACACUGUUGGAGGUGUUCAACACAUAUGUGUGUAUGUGCCCAACACAUAAUAUAUUCCUCAGUGUACGAAUUCAGUCUGAGAGGCUGAAGUAAAAAUUACCAGCAAGAUAUUUGUGUUUCCCUAAUCCAGGCAUUUCUUGGAUGGCAUGAGUAAUACCAGGAAUGACAGAAAAGCUUGUUGCCCCUGGCCUCCAUUCUAUCCUUGGUCACCAUUUCUGUGUCAUUUCCUAUUGCUGACAUAAGAAAAUACAGAAUUGAUUACUGAAAUAGCACAGAUUUAUUAUUUUAGUACUACGUAAGCUGAAAAUUGAACUCAUGUUUCUCUGUGCUAGAAUCUAGGUGUUGCUGGGACUGCAUGGGGGCUCUAUAGAGAAUCCCUCCCUGGGUGCCGAGCCUCCAGAGGCCACUGUGCCCCUUUCCCAUGGUGCUCUCCUUCAUGUCACAGCCAGCACUGCAUCUCUCUGACCUGUGGUUCAUGCUCCUGACAAGGAUGAGAUAGGAGGAGCACAGGGCACUCCGUCGUCACUGCCGAGUGUGGACUUUACAGUAACUGUAAUCAUUCUCCAGAGUUGCUCUUUUCUGACUCCCUUACAUGUUCAUGUGGUUGCAGGGAUUGACAUGCUUUCUUACCCCAGUCUAUACUGUCGCAAAGAUUCACUUGCCAAAUAAAGUCACCCCAUUCACAGGUGCUCAGAUACCCCAACCUGUUGCAUUGAUUCAGGGUCCAAAACAGGGUCCAAAAAUCCUUAUCUGGAUUUUAUUGACUCAGAAGUCCCAAAUCUCAUUAAGAUUGUCUAAAUUAAGUUGGGGUAUCCUUUCUACCUAUGACAGUAAAAAUGAAUUAUCUGCUGACAAGUAAAUGGUAGGACAGUUAUAAAAUAUACUGUAAACAUUGACCUGUAAAGGGGCCGGAAGCAAUGGAGAACAGAGUCACUGGUACCAAGGAACACGGAGUCAGACAGACACACCGUUCAACGUCUAAGGCUCUAGGAUAAUGUGUAGCUUGUAUAACUCAGUCCUCUGAGUUUUGACUGCCCCCCCUCCCCGUCAUCUUCCUUUCACAGAAGCCACAGAGCUCGGUUCUUCCUUCUGUUGUACUGUGUGCCCUUCAUGCUACAGUAGCAAAGGUCUGUCAAGAAACUUCAAGAUCUCCUGUGUGCCAUGGAGAUUAGGUCCAUUAAAUAGGAUGCUCUUCCAAGAAUCUUUCUAUGUAACAUAAAUAAUCCCCUCUCUAAUUUUUACUUUUUCAGAGAAAACAGAACUGUGUCAUAUGCAUGAUCUCCUCUGCAAACCUUUUUAUUACAUGUGUGUCUGUGUGUUUGUGUGUGUGUGUGUGUGUGUGUGUGUGUGUGUGUGUGUGUGUGUGUGUGUUUGGAGAAGCCUGGUGUUGAUGUUGGAAAUCUCCCUCAGUCUCUUUCCACCUUAUUCAGGCAGGCUCUCGCCAUUAAACCCAGAGCUCACCAUUGCACCUAGUCUGGCUAACCUGCCCUGGGGAUUCCCUGUCUCCACCUUCUGAGUGCUGGAAUUGUAGGCAACCAUCCUACCCACCCAGCACUUUAGCUACUGAGCCAUUUCCUCCGCGCCACCCCCACUCCCCCAUUCUCUAAAGGUUAUACAAUCACCUCAUUUCUUUCUAUACAUCAGGUUUUCCUGACAGUGCUGUCAUUUUUUUUAAAUACCUUUUUUAAGUGUUAGUAGUUGUUUGGUAGACUAAGUAUUCUUAGAGAAGCCCUGCUUUCUCUUUAUAAAUCACCUCUCCACACAGUGUUUCUAUUUACUGUCAAACUCUAUUACAACCAGCAAAGAGGACACGGGUUAAAGUUUACUUGAAAAUUUCAUCUUAGUCUUAAGCUCGUCCUAUACAGAUUCUGCUCUGCACAUAUCUGUCCAGCUGCACACUGAGGCUGAUGGAAUCCAAAGCCACAUGCACCGUUUGGGAUUGUCCCAGCAGCAGAGCCCACUCCCUUCUGGUUGGCCAGAAUAUGCUAUAGAGGACCUAGGGAUUGGAAAUGAGCUGGGAAUUUGUUUUGUAGUCUUUUUGAUAGAGUCUUGCUGUAUAAUCCCCAGCUGCUCUGGGAUUCAUUAGGUAGACCAUGCUGACCUCAAACUCAGAUCUGCCUGCCUCUACCUCCUGAGUGCUAGGAUUAAAGUCCUGUGUCAUCUGAGAGCUAAGAUAGUUUGUUAAAACAAGAUCUCUGUGGAGAAUCUUUCUCAAUCAUGUAGAAAGCAAAGACUUCAGAAUCAUUUCCCUCACUGUUCAGGCCCUGCCCGGCACUUUUUCCUGUGUUAAAUACAAUGUGGGUAACAGUUGUAGUUCAAAAGAUUACCAAAGCCAGCUAUGGGCACACAUGCCUCAUCCUACCACUAAGGAAAGACCACUGUGACCUGGAGGAUACCCUAGGCUACAGUAUGAAACUGCCUUUAAAAAAAAAAAAGGAAACAUAAUUUCAGGUGGAGCAAAAUUAGGGCUAGAGAGAUGGAAUCAAUAGAGCAGGUGUGAGGAGGAGAAAUUGCAUGCACAGAAUCCAUGUGAAUCCCAUGAGGCAUGGUGGCCACCUACAGUCUCAGGACAGAGAUGAUACUGGGACAGGUGGCUAGCUAGACUAGUUAGAUGGGAUAGUUCCAGAUUCCACAAGAGAUCCUUCUUCAAUAAAGAACAGUCAGGAAAACGUGGUCAGCUUCAGACCUCUGGGCACACACAUGGGCAUGCAUACUCAUGGGUCUGCCUCCUCCCCAGCAUACGUACAUACGUACGUACAUACAUACAUACAUACAUACAUACAUGUGCAAAAAGAAAAAAAAAGAAUACCUUAACCAGUGUAAACAAAAGGGCAUUACCUGUUUUAAAAACAGGAAAAAUAUAUCUAAACCUUGUAAAAUAAUUUGAAUUUUUCUUGUAGCCUUUUCAUCCACUAUGUGGAAUGCCUACAAAUGCAUAUACAAAAAGAAUGACUGCCAUUUCUGUGUGUAAUUGGUUUCUAAAAGACAGAAGUGUGCAUUAGGACAGAGACUCGAAUGCCCACAGAGAUGACUAGUACCUUCACAGCCACUGCAGGGUAGGCUUUAUUGAGAGUCCACUUACGUUCUAGUCAACAUCACUUUUAAAAGGUAUGACUCUCACAAGACACGGUGGCCACAAUGAGCAGCUAGAAAAGUGUCUGAGGACAUUUGUUUUAAAUCAUUAUGUAAUAAAAGGUUUGCAGUAUCUGCUUACAAAUAAUGUUUUCAUUGAAACUCAUUGAAUAUGAUUGUCAAAUUAUCCAGGAUGUGUAGAUUUGACUUGAGUAUUUUCAUAUGACUUCAUUAACUCAUAUGGCUGAGUUUGCCUUUGCCAUUUCUGUUUUACCACACAAAUAGAUUCAGUUAUUUUUUGACUAUUUGUCCCUGUGUAGUUCUGAAAACAUUGGCAUAAAAUAUAUUAGUAUAAGGUACAUUCAGUUUCCCCUUAAGAUUUUGUAUCCAUGUUCACAAUACAUAUUUGGCCAAUAUUGCCAAAAGUUAACAUUUUCAUGCUCUGAAAAUCUAAUUUUAGUUAAAGAGUUUAUAAAGGAAGUCGGGAUGCAUAUGUAAGAGAGUGUGUGUGUGUGUGUGUGUGUGUGUGUGUGUGUGUGUGUGUGUGUUUACAUAGUCCAGAACAAUAACCUCUGUGGCUUACAGGUAAUACCAUGGAACUUAACAGUUUUGCCUCUUAAAGACCACGUUGCCAGGAUCUGGGAGCCCCGGGAUGCUCUUUAGAAGGUUUGCUUUCCUUUAGAUGAGUGGUUAUGUAGGAAGCAGACUCGGAAUCACUUUAAUCCACAGCUACCUUAAGAGUUCCCUUGAAUGCUGCAGUUGAUUUCAGAGAAAGCUCCUUAAAGGAGAGACAUCAAGAAAGUUAAUGUGUCAACACUGACUGUAUCAUAACACUCCCUUUUGUUGCAGGACCAAAUAAAUGACUAGUAACACAGUAGGGUGGACUUAAUGACCUUGUACAAAAUUAGCAACACAAUCCUUUUUCUGUUGACGAAUUGUCUAAUUGCAACAGGGAAAGGCCAAGGGACUAAGGUUGAGGGAGUGGUAACUGCCCCUGUGUUAACAUCUUUGGUGCCCUGCCUUUCCCUCUGCAGUCUGCAUCAGCUUGGUCCUGUGUCUGGGUACUGGAACAUUCAAAAAGACUAUUAAAUGCCCUUUCGACUUUGUGCCUCUGACUUUGUGCUCUCCUCUACGCAGUGUACAUUUGAAUAUUGUCUUUCAGAACACAAUUAUAAAGGGUUCUUUGAUGUGUUCUUCAUAUUUAAUGUCUUCCUCAUUUUAUUUUGAUUUUUUUACCUAUAUGACAAAGUCUUAUUUCCUUGCUAACUUUGCCACUUUUAUUUUAGGGUCAAGAAUGAUAACUCACUUUUAGUGUUAUAUACCAAUCUGUGUUAAUUUAAAAGUAGCAAAUGUAAAUAAUACAUACCUUUAAGAAAUGGUAGCCUUGAAAAUCAUAUUGUGAACAUAGUUGAGAGCAAAUGGACAAACCUGCUUUAAUAGCCUGGAAUUUGUACUGAGGUUUAAAGCUGUAAGAGAAGUAAUGUCUUAAAUGUCCUUGUUUUCUAUAAAUGCAUAUAAUGUUAAGUUUAAUAUUCCCAGGCAUGAGGUAUUUAUUUUUAUUUAUGUAAUAAAGUUGUAUCCAAAUACCAUGUUUUUAUGUUUAUAAAAAUGCAUAAUAAUGAGUCUAGGAAUGCCCCCUUUAAAACAUAUAAAUAUUUAUAAUGGAAGUAUUUGAAAUAUUGUGCACAUAGGUACUGUAUAGCAGUUCAAGCUAUCUUUCUUUCUAUUCUGUACUAUUAAGCAUAUAUGUCAUUCCUUUUUGAUGAGGUGUACAUAUCUUAGAGAUGUGUGUGUUUAUUUCUUAUUGAGGCCUUAUUGAGAUCAGCAUUCCCUACAGCCACGUUAUAGUUAAUGUCACUGUGUUGUAUAGCUUGUCCUGAUCUUAGCUUAAUAAAUACAGUUUGCUCAGA